AUGGUAAAGGAAUUAUCUAAAAAGUAUGCCAACAUUACCCAUGAUGCAAUAUCUAUUUACAAAUCACUGUGCAUCGAAUGUCAGCGUAAACGUAAGCGACCAACAACCAAAGUGACUGUUGUUCGACCUAUUCUGACAAAGAACUUUGGCUCCAGAUCACAAGUUGACCUUGUAGACAUGCAGGCGAUGAAGCAAGGCAACUAUAAGUGGAUAAUGGUCUACCAAGAUCAUCUUACAAAGUUUUGUGUAUUGAGACCUUUCACAUCAAAACGUGCUGCAGAAGUUGAGUAUCAGCUGUUGGAUAUUUAUCUUUUACUUGGUGCACCGGAAAUUCUACAAAGUGACAACGGAUCGGAAUUUACUGCUUGUGUUAUUACAGAACUUAAACUGCUUUGGCCUGAUCUCGUAAUGGUUCAUGGAAAACCUAGACAUCCUCAGAGCCACGGGUCAGUUGAACGAGCAAACUGUGAUAUUAAAGAUAUGUUGGUAGCCUGGUUGAGUGAUAAUAAUACAACAGAUUGGACAGUUGGUUUAAAAUUUGUGCAGUUUCAAAAAAACUCUAGCUACCAUUCUGGCAUUAGAAGGUCACCAUUUGCUGCAUUGUUUGCAUCCGAUGCAAAAGUAGGACUGACAACUUCAGCUCUUCCACAUGAUGUAAUUCACCGUCUCCAAAGUGAGGACGAUUUGCUGGCAGUAAUUACAGAAGAAACAACUUCAGAUGAACCACCUGCUGUCGAGCCAGUUACUGCUGAACCACCUGCUGUCGAACCAGUUACUGCUGAACCACCUGCUGUCGAACAAGUUACUGCUGAACCACCUGCUGUCGAACAAGUCACUGCACUGGGAGUAUUGUGCACGACUGUGAUUAGAGGUUAG